UAAUUUUAAGAGGUUCAGAGCGGUUUGGAGCGAUUUGCAGCGGUUUGUAUGAUUGUUUCGAAACGAUGUAAACCGCUACCAACCGCAAAAACUGCGUUUAUGGGUCGUAGCGGAAAAGCCAGCCGGGUCUUUAGUGAACCUUUAAAUUCACCUCUAUUUUUAUUACCAAUCAAAAUGUCACUUAGAUUAAUAAUAAAAUAGAUUAAUUUUAUUUAAAAAAUCUGAAAUAAUUGAAAAAAAUAAUAACGCUAAUUUUAAUUAUCUUAACGCCAAUAACUAAACCCUAAAUUUUAAAUCUACGCCCUAAACCCUAAAUCUAAACCGUAAACCGUAAACCCUAGCUAAACCCAAACCGUAAACUCUAAACCCAAACCCUAUAUCCUAAACCCAAAUCAUAGACUCUAAACUCAAACCAUAUAUCCAAACCUAAUCCCUACACUUUAAACUCAAAUCGUAAACCCUGAACCCAAAUCAUAUAUCCUAAAGGUUUGGGUUAAUGUUGAUGUUGUUUCUUUAUGAUUUAAGAUUUGGGUUUAGAGUCUAGGUUUGGAUUUAGGAUCUAGGGUUUGAGUUUAAGGUCUAGGGUUUGGGUUUAGAGUUUACGGUUUGGAUUUACUGUUUAGGAUUUGGGUCUAAGAUAUAGGGUUUGAGUUUAGGGUUUAGAGUUUGAGUUUAGAAUUUAGGGUUUAGGGUUUAGAUUUAAGGUUUAUGGUUUAGUUAGUGGUGUUAGCGUCAUUCUAAUUCUAAUGAGCGUCAUUAUUUUUUUUCAAUUAUUUUAAUUUUUUUUAAAAAAGCAAUGUAUUUUAUUAUUAAUUUAUGUAGCAUUUUGGUUGGUAACAAAAGGAGAUACAUAUAUAAUGUUAUACAUUUUUUGGAAAAUAAAUAUUACAAGCUAUAAAGUAUAUAAACACGUAACAUACAUAUAAUGUUAUUGUGUUUUCCACCAUAUUUGACAAAUACAUAUUAACAACCUACGAAAAGUUUUAACAACAAAAUUGGAUUUGAUUUUAGCACAAUCUCGUAUUGUAAAACUAAGAAUCCACGUAAAUGAAUAUAGUACGUCUAAUCCUCCACAAACAUAGUUCAAAACUGAAAAUAAAAACAUACUUUAAAAAUAAAAACACCAACUAAAGUUUGUAGGUUAUUGGUCGGUGGAUCUAAUUUCACCACAAAUUUGAUAUUACUUUCAAGUGAAUGAAAAUUUCAUAAAUACCAUAAAUUUAUUAUUUUAUUGGUUUGAUAUUAGUAUUAUCAUCAUGUCAUAAUCCAAAUGGGUAAAGUUGAGAUUAUAUAAAAAUAAGAAAAAACAUAACUAUAAAAUGUAUGAAUGUAAAAAAAAACUAUAAAAUGUAUGCUUUAUAUUUUAAACGAUAUGUCAACAUUGCCAUCUAAAAAGGUAAAGAAGAAUUGUUUUUCUUCAACAAGUUAAGCAGAAAUAGUUGUUGGAACAAAAAGACUAGUCUAUCUAGCCUAUCAUAGUUAUUUCACCUAUCGUAAUUAAAUUGAGCCUUAAUGAAAAUCUCUCUCUCCCCCUCUCUCUCUCUCUGAAUAGUGGCUUUGCGUUUAUAAAAUGGCCUUACAAGAACCAACAAGAGAAAAUUUCUCAAUAAACCCAUAAUCUCUUUCUCAACCCCCAAAGAAAGAAGAAAUUAACAAUGAGCCGAAGGAACAAGAACGGCCCUAAGCUCGAGCUAAAGCUGAACCUCUCGCCACCUCCUUCUCAAGCCAACCUGAUGAGUCUAGUUCGUUCUCCAAGCCGAUCCAACACAACUUCACCAAGCUCAUGCGUUUCAUCUGAAACGUACCAGGAGGAGAUGGAGACAACAAUCUCAAUGGUACUUGUUGGUUGCCCUCGUUGCCUUAUGUACGUUAUGCUCUCUCAAGAUGACCCAAAAUGUCCAAAAUGCAAAAGCACGGUCCUACUAGAUUUCCUCCACCAAGAUGUCUCCGCCGCUACAACCGCUCCUGCCGAUAUCACGAAACGCAAUAAGACCUGGUGGAACUUUUUUGUUUAACGAAACCCUUUUCGGAACGUAAACCUAUAGACUAGCUGAUCCAACCGUACUAGUUUCUAUAUUUUUCUUUUGCUUCUUCUCGUGGUUGUUUUGUCUUAGAGUAGUGCUAAUCACGCUCCACAUUUAGACUAAACAUGAAGUGGAACGGGAGUAGCACUAACUUUGCUUUUAAUGCAAUAUGAAAUUAUUAGAGCAAAUGAUGUUCAGUAUGAGAAACAUUUGCACUGUGUCCUUUGCACCUUAGAGAUUUGAAAGACUUAUUUCCUCUGUUCCUUAAAAUUUGCAAACGGUGUUUCUUGAAUUAAAUUGUAAAAGAAAAAAAUUGAUAUUUGGUUGGACCGUUGAACAAAGCAGAUACAGCGAACGAAUUUAAAUUGGAAAUGGUUAGAGAUAGUCAACAAGGGGUGAUAGACUAAUUAUCUAUAAUAAUAGUAAGACAUCGGUUUCAUCUGCCUGGUUGUGGUCAUCUGAGAAGUUACAACACGUUUCCUAAGAUUCGAGUUUUCUUUAACCAAAAUUACAACAGUAUGAAAAUUUUGGUUAAACUUUCAAUCUAAACAGUUUACAUGGUAGUUGGGCAACAUGUAAUUCAGUUACUCUUGCCAUUAAUCAGAAACUAUAACCAAACUGGGAUUAAACAGUAUGGUAACAAAUCCACUAUAUACCAUUAAAUACGUUUUUCCAUGUGUUGGCCGGAUCAGCUGAUCAUAAAAAAGACAUCAGUUGGUUGAUUGAGAUGUUGUCGAAUGUUUUGGCCGUCUAGAAAACCUAGUUGGAAAUGGUUAGAGAUGAAACAAAAUACCACAAUGUCAAAAAGAUCCUAUACCAUUAUUUGGGGCACGAAUAGUUUUACUCACCAAACUCAUUACGUCGUACCUAAUAUGCAUUUUGAAAAGUACAACCUUCAUAUAUCCUCUUUUCAAAACCAAACAUCAUAUAUCUUUUUUUUGGAGCAACAAACCAUCAUAUAUCUAAACAACAAAAGAAACGAAAAAUUGUUAAUUAAAGUCUAAACCAAUAAACCACCAUUUAAUCUUAUCAGUAGCUAAAAAUUAAAGUCUGAAAGAUUGUUAGUUUUUCUUAUGAAAAUGCUUUUAGGGUUGCCAAAUAAAAAUU